AUAUUAAUGAGUGCACACUGGAUUCUGAUAUUUGUUCCAAUGGAAUUUGUGAAAACUUACGUGGCAGCUAUCGUUGUAACUGUAACAUUGGCUACGAGCCUGAUACUUUUGGAAGGAAUUGUGUGGACAUUGAUGAAUGUUCAGUGAACAGGCUGCUGUGUGAUAACGGGCACUGUCGAAAUACCCGUGGAAGUUACAGCUGCACUUGUCCAAAGGGUUAUGUUUUCAGCACUGAGACAGGCACAUGUGAAGAUAUAAAUGAAUGUGAAAGCAGCCCAUGCACCAACAGUGCCUGCAGGAACAAUCUUGGAUCUUUCAGUUGUGAGUGUUCAUCUGGCAGCAAGUUGGACUCUACAGGACUUAUAUGUAUUGAUAGCCUGAAGGGAACUUGCUGGCUUACGAUCCAAGACAGUCGCUGUGAAGUCCACAUUAAUGGUGCUACACUGAAAUCUGAAUGCUGUGCUACAUUAGGAGCAGCUUGGGGCAGCCCAUGUGAACGGUGUGAAUUAGACACACCUUGCUCAAGAGGAUUUGCCAGAUUGAACGGUGUAACCUGUGAAGAUGUAAAUGAAUGUGAUGUUUUCCGGGGCAUUUGUUCCAAUGGACAGUGUGUUAACAGCAGAGGCUCAUUUCACUGUGAGUGCCCUGAAGGACUGACACUGGAUGGAACAGGAAGAGUGUGUUUAGAUGUUCGCAUGGAACAAUGCUACCUGAAAUGGGAUGAAGAUGAGUGCAUGCAGCCAGUGCCUGGCAAGUUUCGUAUGGAUACCUGCUGCUGUGCUGUGGGGAUUGCCUGGGGCUCCCACUGCGAGGAGUGCCCUAAACCUGACACCAAGGAAUAUCAGGCUCUGUGCCCCAGAGGUCAUGGCUUUUCCAACAGGGGAGAUACUCUAACUGGCAGAUCAUUUUAUAAAGAUAUCAACGAAUGUAAAGUAUUUCCUGGCAUGUGCAUGAAUGGUAAAUGCAGAAACACAAUUGGAAGUUUCAAAUGUAAAUGUAACAGUGGGUUUGCUUUCGAUAUGGAGGAACGAAACUGUACAGAUGUUGAUGAGUGCUGGAUUUCCCCAGACUUAUGCGGAAGUGGUAUUUGUGUCAACACUCCUGGAAGCUUUGAGUGUGAGUGCUUUGAUGGUUAUGAAAGUGGAUUUAUGAUGAUGAAGAACUGUAUGGAUAUUGAUGAAUGUGAACGCAACCCUCUGCUGUGUAGAGGUGGCAUAUGUGUGAACACCCAAGGGAGUUUUCAGUGUGAAUGUCCUUUGGGACUUGAGCUGUCACCAUCACGUGAGGAAUGCAUAGAUAUAAAUGAGUGCUUAUUAAGUGACAAUCUUUGCAGAAAUGGCAAGUGUGUAAACAUGGUUGGAACAUACCAGUGUUCCUGUAACUCUGGGUUCCACACCACUGCUGACAGACAAGGCUGCAUAGAUAUUGAUGAAUGUAUGAUUAUGAAUGGAGGCUGUGACACCCACUGCACUAACUCAGAAGGCAGCUAUGAAUGCAGCUGCAGAGGUGGCUAUGCUCUAAUGCCAGAUAUGAGGACAUGUGCAGAUAUUGAUGAAUGUGAAAACAAUGCAGAUAUCUGUGAUGGUGGGCAGUGCACUAAUAUUCCAGGGGAAUAUCACUGUCUUUGUUUUGAUGGAUUUAUGUCUUCCAUGGACAUGAAAACUUGUAUCG